AUGGAAACUGUAUUACAACCAAAGGUGAGACCAUUUGAGUCUUUGAAAAGAAAACGUUUUAGAGAAUGGUUAAGACCUUCGACUGCUCAUAGAUCAUUGUUACCUUCUGAUACGUUAGAUUUGCGUGACCUUGCAAAGCCUAAUCCUGCUGAUGCAUUCUCUGAUUCCAAUUCUGUACAUUGUCCUUUGGUCACAACUCCAUUAAAAUAUAAGUGUCAUGAGGGAAAGAAUUCAUUUUUCCGAGCCGACACUAAAUUUGAGACCUUGUUUAGUAAUAGAAAGUUUUAUGAGUUCAAAGAUAAUCUGAAAAGAGGAUUAAAAAGAAUACGUCAUGGAAGAAAUGCGCAUCAGAACGAAAAUAGGUGCUCCAUAGUUAAAGAAUCUACAAAUUUGGACCUAGAUAAUCCGGAAAAGCCUGAAAAUGAUACGCCCUGUUUUAAUAGAUUCCAUACAAAGCCUAACGAACUUGAAACGCAAUUUGAUUACUCAAAUAAAAGCCAAAAGUCCGAUAAGGUUUACUUAGACAAUGAAUCAUGUUGGAACCUAAGUGAGAGGUUAAUUCCUUUCAAUAAUUUAAAGUAUGAAGAUUUGAAACAUUUCGAAGAAAACCUGCAAAGCUUAGCUCCUGCGACAUUUACUCCAAUUGAAUCAAAUGAAUCGUUUGAAAGGUCAGACUCAACACGUGGCACAAAGCGAAGCAUUCGCAAUGAUUCUAGUGAUACUACUUCCGAAAAGAGGCUAUGUUUAAAACAAUACUCAAAUGAACCAGGAUCGGAGAAUUCAAUGGAAAGUACGCCUUCCAUAUAUAUUACGAAAGAAGUCCAAGAAAGAAUUGAGGUAUUAAGCUCUACAGAUUCUUUUUUAGUUGAAAAAGUAGACUUUCCCUCUGACAGUAAAAUUGACUCCAGUUCCUUGGACAAAGAAUGUGAUCGCCAUUGCGUAAAAAUCGAUGAAGAAUUAAUAACCAAUAUCAGCGGCGAGAGUAAAAUAAACAUGGGUAUAAUGGACCCUGAUAUCAACGAUGUAAUUCCAACUGAAAAUCCAAUUGAAGUAAGCUCAGGUUUAAAAGAUGAUAUAUCGGAUGAGGAUAUAGAUGACGCGAGCAGUAGCUACUCAGGUGACGUAGAGACAACAUUUGAACCAGUUGAGUCAGACGAGCUUUCCGAGUUAUCUGAAACAAGUUCAAGUGACAGUAGCAAAAUUUAUACUAUCCCAACUUUUCGAGGUAUUACCAAUCAAAUUAAUAUAUCGCAGAUUCUUUCAAAAGUUAGCAAAAAUGGUUUAAGCCAAGAAAAGUUAACACAUUUAAUCAAAAAACAUAAAAGCAAGAAAAGGGGCAUAAACUUCAGAAAUAAAAGAUUUUAUGAUGCCUUCAACCCAUACGUUGAUAAUCAAGAGGAAAUAGAGCUAUCUGAUAGUGACACCACUUCAAUGAUAGAUAUAGAUCUUGGAAUAAAGGAUCGGAGUACCUCUAGCGUUCGAUUUGAUGAAAACUCACGUCUCUUAAUUUAUAAGAAAUCUAAAAAGUUAAAUAAAGAGGAAAGUCAGAGUUACUAUUCAACUGCUGAAACAAGGUCGAUCUUAAAGGCGAAGAAAAACUUGCAGCAAGACGAGGAGUCUCAAAGAGCUUCGAAGUGUGAUACAGUGGGUGUUGCCCAAUUUUUACAUUAUUUCCAGUAUACGGAGUAUAAAAGACAAAGGAAUGAAGCAGAAAAUUAUAGAUUGAGAGGGGAACAACUAAGUAAAUACUAUUCUGAAGAGUAUCCCCUGGACAUUGCCACCGUUGGAGACGAAGAUUCCGUUAACGAUAAAUCCGGGAUCAUAUCAAGUUUGAGAGCGACAGAAAGAAACAUAGGAAGACAGUUAAAAGGUAUUGGUAGUCAAGAGGCACAGAUUAUAUCACUUGACGAUGAUAUAUUUCUCAACUGA